AUGCCCCAAACCAAAACAAUCGCCAUAGUCAAUGCCUCUGGCCGCCAAGCCGCCUCCCUGAUCCGCGUUGCCUCGGCCGUCGGCUAUCGCGUGCGUGCCCAAAUCCACACCCUCGAAGGCGUCAUCCCGCAGGAGCUCGCCAGCUUGCCCAACGUUACCCUCUUCAAGGGGCCUCUCCUCAACAAUGCGCCGUUGAUAACAACCCUCUUCGACGGCGCAAAUCUCGCCUUCAUAAACACCACCUCGCAGGCUGGCGAUGAGGUAGCCAUCGGCCGCGAUCUGGCCGACGCCGCCAAACGCGCGGGCUCCAUCACCCACUACAUCUACAGCUCCAUGCCCGACCACGCAGCCCACAACCCGUCCCGCUGGAUUUCCCUGCCCCUCUGGAGCUGCAAGUUUGCCGUCGAGAAUUACGUGCGCCAGCUUGGGCUGCCGGCCACCUUCGUCUAUGCGGGCAUCUACAACAAUAACUUCACCAGCCUGCCGUACCCGUUGUUCCAGAUGGAGCUGUUGGAGAAUGGCUCGUUUGAAUGGCGCGCGCCGUUCCAUCCGGAUAUACCGCUCCCUUGGCUCGAUGCUGAAGCUCCAAUGUGGUGGAAUUCCCCCACUGUCUUGCAGAUUUUCAAGGAUGGGCCGAAGAGGUGGAAUGGGCAUCGAAUCGCACUCUCCUUCGAAACCCUGACCCCUAACCAAGUCUGCGCCGCCUUCUCCCGCGCCCUCCGCCGCUCAUGCGUGUACACCUACUCUCCCAAAAUCGACAUCAAAGUCUCCAUCCCCGCUGGCUACCGCGAGCACCUGGAGGGCAUAGAAGUGUUAUUCGGGCAGAUGCAGGCGCCCUAUUUCCCGCAGCCAGAGUUUAUAAACGCCGGGCACAAUCAGCACCAGAGUCAGGCUAUCGUGACAACAACAACACCAUCAACAACAGCAACAGCAACAGCAACAAUAACCAGAUCAGCAGCAUCUGCAACGACGAAAAAAAGACAGGGGCAUGGCACGGGAAAGGGCCCCGGAGAGCCAUAUGGGGGUAUUCAGUCGCUGGGGCUUGUGGACGAGGCGAGGAGCUUGUGGGAAGGGUGGAGGGAUAUGGAGGAGUAUGCGCGGGAGGUCUUCCCAGUAGAGGAGGAGGCGAAUGGGUUGGAUUGGAUGAUAUAG